AUGUGGAAACUAAUAUUACUAUGUACGGUGGGCCUGGUGGCCGCCGAGAUGGCUACUUUUGAAAACUACAAGGUCUUCAAAAUUGCUGUGACUACACAGCCGCAGGUUGACCAGCUCAAUAUGUUGGCAGACGUUUCUGACGGAUUUUCCUUCUGGGCGGCACCGGCUGUGAACAAACAAGUGGACCUUAUGGUAGCCCCACAUAAAUUGCCCGAAUUCUACGAAAUGAUGGCGAAAAUCCGAGCACCCCAUGCAGUUCUUAUUGAGAAUGUUCAGGCAUUAAUUGAUCAGACGACGCCCCCGAGUGGAUUGACGAAAUUCGAUUUUAAAAACUAUCACACUCUCGACACAAUUUACAAGAAUCUGGAUGACCUGGCUCAGCAGUAUCCCGACAAGGUGCAGACUGUCGUGGGCGGUAAAACAUACGAAGGACGCCAGAUCAAAGGCGUCAAAGUUUCCUUUAAAGCCAACAAUCCCGGGAUCUUCAUCGAGGGUGGUAUUCACGCCAGAGAAUGGAUCUCUCCAGCGACUGUCAUGUAUAUUCUGCAUCAGUUGCUGACCAGCACCAAUCCGGAGGUCAGAGCUCUGGCUGAGAGCCACGAUUGGUAUAUCUUCCCCUCGUUUAAUCCCGACGGAUAUGUGUACACGCACACCACGAAUCGAUUAUGGAGAAAAACACGUAAGCCGUAUGGUACUCUCUGUUAUGGCAGCGAUCCCAACAGGAACUGGGGCUACAAAUGGAACGUCGGAGGCGCUAGCAAUUUCCCAUGUUCCGAAACUUACGCCGGAAGUGCACCGUUUUCCGAUGUUGAGACAAAGAGCAUGUCCGAAUAUAUCAAUUCUAUUUCCGACAAAUUUUAUGCGUAUCUCGCAUUCCAUAGUUAUUCGCAAUUAUUGAUGUUCCCGUAUGGUCACACAAAGACUCGUCUUGAAAACUACGACAACAUGUAUGCUAUUGGAUUAAACUCGAUUACAGCUCUCGCAAAGAGAUAUGGAACUAAAUAUAAAACUGGAAAUAUUGCCGAGACGAUUUAUGUGGCUUCCGGAAAUUCUUUGGAUUGGGUCAAAGGCACAUAUGAUAAACCUGUCACCUACAUUUAUGAAUUGCGUGAUAAAGGUCGUUACGGCUUUUUGUUGCCAUCUAAUCAAAUUGUCCCGACUGGAGAAGAGACUAUGGACUCCCUUGUAGCCAUGUUCAAAGAGGCGAAAGCACGUGGCUAUCCCACAAAAUAAUUAAGACUAAUUAAUUUUCGUAUAAAUAUUACUAUUAAUGGGAUAUUUUUAUUUGACGA